UUUUUUUUUUUUUUUGUGGGGGAUUUACUGGUAAGUAGAUAGCUAGUCAAUGGUCAAGAGAAGAAACGACUUGAGAAAGCAUUACGGGAGAGAGAUGAUAUUUUGAGAAACCUGCACAUCCAGAAAAGAGUGGGGGGAAAACGGAUACAGAUGUUGUGAACACUUGCAGAGAACAGCAUUUCAACAGGAAGAAGAUGAAGACACUUUCCUAAGCUUUACUGUCCUCGACUUCUACAAGCCCAUUUUUCGAAUGAUAAUUGACAUCAAACAGUUUCACCAGAACUUCAGCUUAAGGUGGAAAUUAUAAUAGUUCCUGGCACUUCAGUUAAAUCUCUGAGCUCACCACACUGUCAAAAUGAGAGUGAACAGCCUACAGUCUUUGAAAUUACUGCUCUCUGACCUGGACUAAACACUUCACAGCCUGCAGCUUCAUCUACUGUUUCCUGCAGUAGGUAAAUGAGACAGCUCCAGAAAAUAUGAUCCAGUAAAAUUUUCACAAGGAACUUCCAGUACAUCCCUGAGCUGCCAAGACCAAAGAAUCCACGGGGUGCAGGCAAGGGUUUAGUUAUGGUGUGCUAAACAACAUGAUGCGGAGCACAUAAUGUUUUAAUCUGUGUUUGCUCUAAAUAUGUUGUGUAUGCAUGCCAGACUUUUCUUUUGUGGCUGCUGGGAUUUGCUGUUUCUUCUACUGCUAAACAGGACCAAAUUAUUGUUCAGCUUUCUCUAAUUGAAGGAGAGGGUAUGACCGAUUGAUCAGGACUAUUCUUCAUUGUUGAUCAGGAGCAAGAGUGUUACGGUACUUAAUCAUCUUAUUUGAGGAAUGACUCAUUGAGUCAGGUACUUCCUAAAAACCAAGGCAGUAAAAUCAACCAUGAUUAUCUUGCGGCUCCAAGGGCUUCCUUGGACCGCUACAGCCAAAGACAUCCGUCAGCAUUUUGAGGGUUUGUCAAUUCCAGAUGGCGGUGUACACAUCAUUGGAGGAGAGGAAGGUGAUGUCUUCAUUGCUUUUGGCUCUGAUGAAGAUGCCCGCAAAGCGAUGCAACGUCAAAAACAACCUCUUAAUGGAGGCCGCAUUAUGCUCUUGCUAAGCAGCAAGUCAGAGAUGCAGGAGGUGAUCGCAGAAAGCAGAGCUGCAGCACAGAGUGUGAAGCCCGACCCCUUUGGCACGGUUGGGAUUGUCACCCCAUCCGUACCUCAGACCAGCCAACGUAGUUUGAUUUCCAGAGAGGGCUCCGUAACCAGUUCCCACAGUCAGGGUUACCAAGGGUUUCCCCAGAAUGAUGAUCAACGCAGACAACCAACUGGAUAUGGUGAUAGUUUUCAAGUUGGUAAUGUAAAUGCCCCUAGUCAGUCACUUCCUCCCCAAGAUUAUAACACAUCAUAUCCACCAUCACAAAGUAAUGAGAGACUGGAUUAUGGCCAGUCCCAAAAUCAAAUGUAUGGAAACGAUCGUUUCAAAGAGGAGUCUUUCGGAAGAGGAGAUGCUAGUCAACGUUCGAUGUAUCAGGAAUUCAACCCCCAAGAGAGAAAUCUAGGUAUUCGAAGGCGAGAGGACUUAGAUGCUGCAAGGCAAGGAUCAACAGGCAGAGAUAAAGGGUAUCCACAAGAGUCAGCUCAGUUUAAUAGGCUAUCUGAGUAUGAUAGAGGUGAGAGGAGAAUGCCUUCUGCAGAUGUUGAAGAUCGACAGUUUCGAUCAGGUUCAUAUGGCAGUAGCUCAGGCCCUCUUACUUCAGAUCGUGACAUGUCUUAUAUGCAGGGUAGUGAUAAACCCCGCAGUCUCCUUCCAUCCCCGGGAAUGAUGAAAUCAGAUGAAAGAAGCUAUCAAGAACAGCUUGAUGACCCAAUGGAAGGAAUAUCCACUUCAUAUCCUCCUGCAGGUCCAGCUGACGCGUUUGACAACCGUCAGUAUUCAGAUGAAGACCAAAGAGGAAGUGGUAAACAGGUGGAACCAAGAGACAUCUAUUCUGGACUCACACAACCGAUGUCUGGAUAUGGCAGGCAGAGUAUGGAUAAGGAGCCUGAUAAAGGUAGAUACAUCAAAACACCAUAUGAGGAUGCAUACUGGGCAACAGGUACUUCAUCGAAAGAUCGGCCCUCUGAGCCAAUGCAAGGAAGAAAACCUGAUGAUAUCAAGUCCUUUCAAGAUAAUCAGGGCAAGCCCAUGACAGAGAGAAGAGAAGAAUACUACCAUAGUCAAGGGUCCAAUGAAAAUGAAAUGAAAGGAGAUUUUUCUGGCAAUGAACAAUAUGCAAGCGCCCAUCUUGAUCAAGGAACCUUUUAUGACCAGAAAGACAAACCAAUGGAAUCAUUUGGCAUGGACCGUUCUCAAUCUGCUGGGUAUCCAAUGUUUCCAGAUUACAGAUCUGGAGAGAAGUCCUCUGAUUUUGACAGUCGUUUAGGAGAUAUGUCCAAACGUGCUCCAUUGCUGAAUCAAGAACCACCUUUUUCUUCUCUCAAAGCUGCUGGUGAUCAUCCCUCUUUCGAUUCUCAAACAUACGGUUCAAGAAGAGAUCAUGAACCACCAAUUUCUUCUGCUCCAGCUCUGUUAGAUCAUCCUGCUCCUGAAUCUCCUAUUGGAGCCAAAUUGCCAUUGUUAGAACCAUCAGGUGAUGAGUUUUAUGCAGUGCGCCUCACUGGAUUACCUUUCGACUGCACAGACAGAGGUGUCAGACUGUUCCUACGUGAUAUCAACAUUGCCCCUGAUGGUGUGCAGAUACAUCGUGACCAUCGAGGACGUAUAACCGGUACUGCCAAUAUAAAGCUACAAGGACCAAGUGAUAUUGACCAAGCACUUAAAAGACAUCAACAGUAUAUGGGAAAACGUUACAUUGAUGUACGUCCUUGUCUUCAAUCUGAGUGGGAAAAAGAAAAACAAGUAUCCAGCGCUGAGCCAUCAAAAAGACGAAGUAGAUCACCUGUGAGAGGCAGAAACUCACCCCUGCGAAAUUGCAACACCUGCAUUGAAAUGAGAGGACUUGCUUCUUUCACAAAAAAUUCUGACAUUGUAGACUUCUUUGAAGGGUUAGCAAUGAGGCAGGAUAGCAUUUAUUUGGACCCAAAUAAAGAUGGUUCUGGCUCUGGUAUAGCUUACCUUGAAUUUAUUGACCCGGAUAUGGCAAGGAGAGCAUGCCAGAAGAAUGGGAGACAGUUUAACAGACGAACUGUUUCAAUCAGAAUCAUUUCAAAAGAAAUAAUGGAUGCAAAGAUCACAGAUAUGAAAAGAAGGGCUGAAAGACGCUCACCCGCAAGAAGAAGUCCAGACAGACGAAGAGGAAGUAGCCCAUACAGCAGGAGAGGACGUAGCCCAGGUAGAAGGGGUAGGAGUCCUGUUAGAAGCAGUAGCCGUAGCUCUCCAGGAAGAAAUGGUCCAGGGAGAAAACCAGCUAGCCCUUCAAGAGACAGAAGAGAUAGAGAUAGAGACAGAGACAGAGAGUCAUCACGUCAGAGCAGAAGAGCUCAAAGCCCUGUUCGCCAUAGUUCUCAAGACAGAAAAGAUUCAACAUCAGAAAAGAAAGAUAGGAAAGAUCAGGAAUCAAGAGAAGUAAGGUCUUUGAGUAAAGUUGAGGAAGUUAAAAGUCGUGGGUCACCAAAGACUGAAGAUAAAGAUCGCAUACACAAAUCAGUGACUUCCAAAGAUGCUCCUCCUAAAGCAUUGUUGCCAUCCCCAGACCUGGGGAUGAUACAAAAAGAAAAAGGGAAAGAUCAGGGACUGCUCAAAACCCCUGAGCAUCCUGCAAAUGAGAUUCCUCCUGCUUUUAGUCGCAAACAAAAGGAAGUGGUGCCUGUAAAUAUUCAACAACGUUUCCCCCCGACUGAUGGCAGAGCUGAUGUAACAAAACAAGCACCAGUCAUAGAUUUUCAUGCCAUACGAGAUGCUGUAUCCAGAUUCAGCAAAGAUACAGUAGAUUUGCAAAAAGGGGAGGGCAGACAAGAUCCCAUGGAAAGCAGGCAUGGUGUACCAGAGAACAGACAAAUACAGAUGGGAAUGUCUGGAGGAAUGUUAGGGGAUAACAGAGCAGGUCCAAGGGAUAAUUUUCCAUUUGCUGAUGAAAGACAGGAGGGAGAAAGACCAAUGGAUCUUCAACGUGGUCCAUUGGGAAGUUCACGUAGAGGGUUUGGAGACAACAGACGAGAUGGUCCUAUGGAUAUGCACAGUGGUCUUGCAGGCAAUACAUUUGGUGAGCCUAGAGAUGACAUCCAAGGUGGUUUAGUAGAUACACAUCGUGGUCCUUUAGGCAAUGCACCAGGUGGACCUAUGGAUAUGCAUCAUGGUCCAUUUGGCGGCCCUAGAGACAACAGGGGAGACGAUUCUAUGAAUAUGCACCGUGGUCCUAUGGGCAACACACGUGGGCCUGGAGACAAAAGAAGAGAUAAUCCCAUGGAUAUGCACCAUGGUCCAUUUGGCGGCCCUGGCGAUAAUAGGAGAAACGAUCCCUCAGAUAUGCAUCGCGGUCCAUUUGGUGGCCCUGGAGACAACCGGCGAGGUGGUCCAAUGGAUUAUAGACAAGAAGGUGGCAUGUCUGAUGGACAAGGAAGAAUGCAAGAUUCCUGGCAAGGUGGACCCAGACCUGGCAGACAGAAUGAUGAUAUGGGUGGAGCUCGAAUGCAGAAUUCCCAGGGACGAUCUCUGGAAGAAUGGCGAAAAAAUCCAAAUAAAGAAAUGGAUGGUUCCAUGGAUUUUAGAGAAGAACGACCCAAUGAAGAAAGAAGACACCCUCUUUUUGAGGAUCAUGGGCCACACAGUAACCGUAGCGGUGAAAGAAGAACACUUCUUGAUAGACCUGAAGGUCCACCUGAAGGGAAUGAUAAUGAGAGAGAUGUUGAUCGAAGACAGCAUGGGGUUUUAGAUCGCCAAGAUACAGACCGCAGGGAUGAGAGGAGACCAGGCGGAAUAAACAGAAGGGAUUCAAGCCCAAGGAGGUGGACUGGUAACAAGUCAGAGGAAAGGUUCCCGUCUGGGGGCUUUGGCUUUCCAGAACAGGGUUCGGAUGAUCAUUCAUUAGGCAGAAAUGGUCCUGGUUCAAGAGCUAUUGAUAGAGAUUCCUUUCCUGGAGAUAAAAGGAACUUAUCCUCCCAACAGAGCGAUCCUCCUUUCCCGCAAGGCAGGAAUAUACCUGGUUUGCUUGAUGAAGAUAAAGGAGAAAUUAAAAGAGGAGGAUUGGACAAUCAAGGGUCGAGGGACCCUCAUGGUCGUAUGGACAGGCACCGUGGGUCUCAAGAUAGAUCUGAUCAUCGAGCAAUGGACAGAGGUAUGCAUGAGCCAGGGGAGAGAGAGCCACAUCAUAACACAGGUCCUCUACCAGGGCCACAUGGAAGACCUGAGGAUGCUGGUACCAGUGAAUAUGUGUGUGCACAUAUCAGAAAUGUGCCCUACUCAGCACGAUGGCCAGAUAUUGCUCAUUUCUUCAGUGGCUUACAGAUUGUUCCUGGUGGUAUUCAUAUAAUGGUUAACUCAGAGGGUAAACCGACUGGUCACUGCUUCAUUGAAUUUGCCGAUGCCCACAAUGCUCGUUUGACAGAAGAACGUAGACUUCACCCCAUGAGAGAUCGGCCACUUCAGAUCAAUGCCUGUUCUAAGGCAAUGAUGAUACGUGCUUUGGAGGAAUCUGGAGAAAUGAUGCAAAAUAGACCUCAGCAUAAUUUUGCAGGACGUGGUCGAGGGCCAUCUUUUGGUCCCAGAGGACCACGUUUCCCAGGAGAUAUGAGAGGUCCUUUCCCAGGUCAAGGUCCUCGUCAUAGUUUUGGUCCUCGUGGACCACAUCCAGGUGGCCCAUUCAGACCUCCAUUUGGAGAGCCAGAUAGGAUGGGUGAUGGCCAUCCCCGACAUCCACAUAAUCCUAGACAUAAUGAAAGGCCUCGUGAGGAGCGCGAGUAUCAGAAACCACAACCAUUGAAUACUGAAAGGCCUCGUGAGGAACGCGAGUACAAGAAGCCACAAACAUCGAAGGAAUCUGCAAAAUCUGAACCUGUCAGCAAAGGACCUGGUUCAGCACCCAAGGCAAAUCCCCCUGGGGAAUCCCCAAAGAAACCACAACCAGAAAAACCCAAAGAAACUCUUCCAGAGGCAAAGGAGAAAAAAUUAACUCCUGUAUCAAGUGCAGCUCUUUCUGUUCAUCUUGAUAAACACAAGGGCUGUGUUGUUACUGCAACAAAUCUCCCACUAACAAUUACUGUUGAUGCUAUUGGAGAUUUCUUUAAAGGUUGUAGUACAAUUAAGGGUGCUAUCAAAUUGGACACCAAUGAAGCAACAGGCAAAGCAACAGGACAAGCCAAAAUUGUAUUCACAAGCCCUGCAGAGGCCAAUCGUGCCAUCAAGGAGCGAAAUAAUCGACCACUCAAUGGACGAAUCGUAAGACUCCAUGUCAUGUAAUUCUUUUCGAAAAUUCAAUCCUGCUUUUGGAUAAGACACUGAUCACGCUAUCAGAAUGAUGGAGUUGAUUCAUUUGAAAUUUUGUUCUGAUUGAUAGCAGCAUUCAAGAUAUUGUGAAUGAUACAUUUUUAGUUUGCUGGAUUUUAUUACAUAUUACAUUUAUUUCUUCCCUCGUGGCCUAUUGCAUUUUCUUGAAAAGAAAAUACUGUUAUGUGUUGAAAGGUUUUUUAUUUGACCAACCUGUAUUUUGAUUAUCAACCCUGUACCUUUACAUUCUCGAGCAUAUAUAAUGUCAAUUGUGUUUUAUAUUUGUUUGUUAUUGACCAUCUUUUCCCCAGCAAAAUUCAUGAUCUUCAGAAUGUAAGGAAAACCAUUUUGAGAUAUUCGUUGUCAUGAUGUUCUGGAGUUCAUUUGAAAAUUACUUCAAUUCUCAGUUCACAUGAAUGGAUUUUGACAGUACCCAGUCUUACACUUUUAGCCAGGUUUGUGUUAUUUUGUCGAGGGAGGUGCAUGAGAUCUUGUUGCUUUUUCAUAAGUUUCUUGUGUCCAGAUUUUUUUCUAGCACAUUCUAAAGUGUUAAACAUCUCAAUGAAAUGUGUGUAAAACUCUGGUAUUAACUUACGUAAGAGUAUACUAACACUAAGUUUGAUCAAGAACAUUAUCUUGAAUGAUGAAAAUAAGGCUUUUCUGUACUCAUUGUUGUAAAAAUACAGUCCAAGUAGUUUAAAUGAUAGUUUUGGCACAUGUGAAGUCUUGUUUCAUUGUUGUUAUCUCUAAGAGCAUUGUAUUACAACAGUUUCAAAAUUGUUAUUUUCAUUUCGAACUGUUACCAUUUGAAAUUGUUAAGGCAAGUAAUGUGCUUAUCGUAGAAGAUUCUCUUUUUCUUACAUUUUUAUGUUUUACAUCAAUUGUACAUAUUCAAAACAGAGUGACCACAUAAAUCAUGGGUGUUUUUUUAGCUCAGAAUGAAACGGUCGAAGAGUAAAUAGAGGUCAAAGACUUACAUUAUAUGCUUCAAAAUUGUUUGUGAUUUAUCAUUAUGUAUUUUUUUUGUACAGAACAUCUGUGCACAAAAUAGCCCAGGAGAUUGGGGGAAAUAGAACCCAGGACAUCUUGAAUAUGGAUCUUAUUUUAUUACAUAGCAAUCAUGAGAAAGGACUAAUUAUGAUGAAUAGGGCAAAUAAUACUGCUGCUAAAUUAGCAAUUGGUAUAGUUGAAGAAAAAGAUACUGUUUUGUAACUUUUGUUAAAGGUUAAUGUUAUUUCACUUGAAAGUGUAUAGGUUGGAUUUCUAUUCCUGUCAAACCAACAAAUUUUAGAUUGUGUGUUUCCUUUGUAUAUUUCACCCUUGUAAUUUCUUUUAAGUUCAACUCAUUUGAUUGCAUGUACAUACAUUUUUCUACCUUUCUACCACAAAGAAGAGUGAAAAUGAUUCUUGAUUAGGCACUAUUUUACUUGAACUGAUUUUAAUGUCGUAGCUAUAAUAUUAUAAAGAAGCAAAGUUAAGAUGAUAUCGCUUAAUUUUAAAUGAAGCCUGUUUUGGACAUUUUGUUGCAUGAUAUAUGUUGGAAAAAGGCUCAUCUGCCUAUUAAUAAUUAAUGCCCGUUCUGGCAUAUUUCAUCAUUGUUGUGGCAUUGGUUUAUACAGCUUACAGCUAGUACACAAAAAGAAAAGUUUUGUUGUAGCAAAGUUUAUCUUUGUUUUGUAUAUAUAUUCCUGCUGAAUGAUGUAACCACUGCAUUUUGUUCCAAUUGAUGUUGCUUUUUUUUAAAAUAUAUUUUUGAGUGAUAACCCAGUUUGUUAGUCUAAGAAAUACAUGUACCUGUAAAUGUUCUCACCACUUCAUCAUCAAAAAAGUUCAUUAACUGAACUCAUUCUUUCUAUCAUACCGUUCUUUGUGAAAAUGAAAGCUUCACUGUGCCUAUUGGAGUGCACUGUUCUUUUUUUUUAAAUUUCCAAUUUAUCUUGUGUACAUACAUGUAUAUAUUCUUACUGUCAUCAUUUUGUUUGUGAAAUUGGUAACUAUACUAGGCUCAAGCCUCAAUAUGUUGUUCACUUUUUGUUUAUUCAUUUUUUAUUUUUGUUAUUAUUGUUUCCAAUUCUGCCCAUCUGAAUCAUAUUUCUUGUUACAAUGAUCCUUUGAUAUUUUUUGUUCCGUUUUUUUUAAUUGGGGCGAAAGAAGAGGAGACCCCUAAAAGACCCAAGGUUCGCGGCAUGUACCACUUUCAUUUGGUGUCAAUAGAUACAUGUAUAAAGUGUAGAUUUUUUGCAACUUUUCUAAUGCUUUACUUGUUUGUUUGUCCCCUAGCUGUAUGCUAUGUUAAAAUCUGUCAUAUGAAGAAAAAAUUAAUAAGAAAAUCA